AUGGGGGCUACUUCGUCGAGCCUCGCCGGAUCCGAUCCUUACGCCAGAAAACUAUGCGGUCUUGAAGACGUGCCGGAGAACUGUAUAACGGCAAUGUUCAUGUACAUGGAACCACCGGAGAUAUGCCUACUUGCCAGGGUAAAUCGGUCAUUUCAUAGGGCGUCAAUAUCGGACACGGUAUGGGAGCACAAGCUUCCUCGUAACUACAAGUUUCUGGUCCAAAGAAUUCUUGAAGAUCAAGAACAAGAAGAAAGAAAGGACAAACUAAUCAGCCGCAAGAAAGAGAUCUAUGCAAAACUUUGCCGACCAAACCUAUUCGACGCCGGCACAAAGGAAGCAUGGUUGGACAAGAGGAGUGGGAAAGUGUGUUUGGCGAUAUCACCAAAGGCAAUGAAGAUAACUGGAAUUGAUGAUCGCCGAUAUUGGGAAAUUAUGUCUUCCGAUGAAUCCAGAUUUGGAUCAAUAGCAUAUCUCCGGCAAAUAUGGUGGUUAGAGGCGGUUGGAAAUAUAAGAUUCGAAUUUACACCCGGUAAAUACAGUAUACUUUUCAAGAUACAAUUAGGAAAACCUUUGAGAAAGUGUGGGAGAAAAACAUGCAAUUUGGACCAAGUUCAUGGUUGGGACAUUAAACCUGUCAAGUUUCAACUAUCUACGUCGGAUGGCCAAUGCUCUAUGUCUGAACGACAUUUGGACGAAUCGGGGAGGUGGGUUUAUCAUCAUGUUGGUGACUUCGUCGUAGAGAAUCAGAACUCACCUGUUUGGCUCAAGUUCUCUAUGCUCCAGAUAGACUGUACACAUACCAAAGGUGGGUUAUGUUUAGAUUGUGUGAUCAUAUGCCCAUUUGAGUGUAGAGGGAAAUAUACAUGUUUAGAUUAG